AUGACUUUUCUCCCACAUAUCCAUUUAAUCUUACUGAUUGCUGGAUUUUUAAUAGUACAGGAUUAUGGAAUAUCAAUUGUUCUUGGCCAAAUCUCCGGCCAAGAUGUUCAUGGAGUUGGGGUCCCUCCCGUCCAUAAUCCCGCACCCGCUGGUAAUCCUCCGGGACAACCCAGCAUGGUUGUACAUGAUCCAAGAGUAGCCGAAGGUACUAAAAUUAACCAGGAAAAUCAAAAUAUCCCCAACCAACCUCAUGUUUUGCAUGCUGCAGCAUCUAAUGUACCCAACGCACCACCUAGUCAACAGAUUCACCAACAGGCGGUUCCAGGAGUCGGCAUUAACAAUCCGGAUCCAAGUAUGUAUAUACAGACAGGUGGAGCACCAGUUCAGGUACCGAUGGGACAUGGGUCUAACCCACAAGUUGUUAACCAAGCGAAUCCUUCCCCCAUCCAAACGAAUUUUGCCAAUCAACCCCCACCGCCGGUUAUGCAAGCUCAAAACUUUGCUGCCGACCAUCCGCAGGGAGUUCCUCCAUCCUCACAGCAAGGUAGUGUGCCUCAGUUCCAGGGAAAUUUUCAAGGUCAGCCAAAUCAAAUGCAACCCGGUCAAAUAAUAGAUGAUCAGCAAAAUCAAAUACCUCCUGGCCAUCACAACCAGAUACCUUCCCACCCUAAUCAAGUGCCGCCUGGCCACCCAAAUCAAAUACCGCCUGGCCACCCCAAUCAGAUCCCACCUGGCCAUUCCAAUCAAAUCCCACCUGGGCAUCCCAAUCAAAUACCGCCUGGUCAUCUCAAUCAGAUACCACCCGGCCAUCCCAAUCAGAUACCGCCUGGACAUCCCAGUCAUGUACCACCUGGCCAUCCUAGUCAAGUACCACACGGACAACCACAACCACCGCUGUCGCACAUACCGCAGGGACAACCACCGAUCCCCCCACUAGAUGGAAAUAUACCAAUGCAUGGCAACGUACCACCACCGCAGAUGUCUGAUCAAUUUUUUCAACAUCCUCCUGUGCAAUCCGUGCAUCAGCCUCCGCCGAACGCCGCUGGUGUUCGUUUUGAGGGGGAUCAAGUGGCUGCUGUCCGACAUCAUCCUGAUUCCAACCUUAAUCAGUUUCACGGUGGACUUCAUGAUCAGGCUCCUGAUGUAUACAAUCAGUUUCGUCACAAUCAUGAAUCUGUUGAUCCUUCUCGAACACCCCGUUCCCAGGAUGAAAAUCAGCCAGACGAGUACGCUUCACUGACAAUAAUAAUUCCACCCGGUUCCAAAAAUUGCUACUUCUAUACUCCUUUGAUGGACUUUGUUGUUUAUUACCAGGUAUUCUUCUAUUAA